AAGCGGGUUUUGAAAACAAAGAGAAGAAGGGGUGCAAGAGGGGGCCAGGAUCCAGGCCUCCACCCCCACAGAAGUGAAGCAACACCUGGGAGGUCUCCUCCCACACCAACCGUCACCCUGGGUCCCGACUGCCCACCGCCUCCCCCUCCCCCUCCCCCCAACAACAACAACAACAACAAGCCCAGCGGCCACAAGAGCCCCUGCGUCCCAAACAUGACGGAACGCAGGAGGGAUGAGCUCUCCGAAGAGAUCAACAACCUGAGAGAGAAGGUCAUCAGGCAGUCCGAGGAAAACAACAACCUGCAGAACCAGGUGCAGAAGCUCACAGAGGAGAAUACCACUCUCCGUGAGCAAGUGGAACCAGUCCCUGAGGAUGAUGAAGACGACAUUGAGCUCCAAGGUGCUGCAGCGGCUGCUGCCCCACCCGCUCCAAUUGAGGAAGAGUGCCCAGAAGACCUGCCAGAGAAGUUUGAUGGCAACCCCGACAUGCUGGCUCCUUUCAUGUCCCAGUGCCAAGUCUUCAUGGAAAAAAGCACCAGAGAUUUCUCAAUUGAUCGUGUCCGUGUUUGCUUCGUGACAAGCAUGAUGACCGGCCGUGCUGCCCGUUGGGCCUCUGCCAAACUGGAGCGAUCCCACUACCUGAUGCACAACUACCCCGCCUUCAUGAUGGAAAUGAAGCAUGUCUUUGAAGACCCUCAGAGACGAGAGGCCGCCAAACGCAAGAUCAGACGUCUGCGCCAGGGCAUGGGCUCUGUCAUCGACUAUUCCAACGCUUUCCAGAUGAUUGCCCAGGACCUGGAUUGGAAUGAACCUGCCCUGAUUGACCAGUACCACGAGGGUCUCAGCGACCACAUUCAGGAAGAGCUCUCCCACCUCGAGGCCCCCAAGUCGCUGUCGGCGUUGAUCGGCCAGUGCAUUCACAUUGAGAGAAGGCUGGCCAGAGCUGCUGCUGCUCGCAAGCCACGCUCCCCACCCCGGGCGCUGGUGAUGCCUCACGUGUCAAGCCACCACCAGGUAGAUCCCACCGAGCCCGUGGGAGGUGCCCGCAUGCGCCUGACCCAGGAAGAAAAGGAAAGACGCCGUAAGCUGAACCUCUGCCUCUACUGUGGAAACGGAGGUCACUACGCCGACAACUGUCCUGCCAAGGCCUCAAAGUCUUCACGCGGGAAACUCCCCGGCCCCGCUGUAGAGGGACCUUCAGCGACCGGGCCGGAAUUAAUAAGGUCCCCACCAGAUGAUGCUUCAUCUCCACACCUGCAAGUGAUGCUCCAGAUCCAUCUUCCGGGCAGACACACCCUGUUCGUCCGAGCCAUGAUCGAUUCUGGUGCUUCUGGAAACUUCAUUGAUCACGAAUACGUUGCUCAAAAUGGAAUUCCUAUAAGAGUCAAGGACUGGCCAAUACUCGUGGAAGCAAUUGAUGGGCGCCCCAUCGCAUCGGGCCCAGUUGUCCACGAAACUCACAACCUGAUUGUUGACCUGGGAGAUCACCGCGAGGUGCUGUCAUUUGAUGUGACUCAGUCUCCGUUCUUUCCUGUCGUCCUGGGGGUUCGCUGGCUGAGCACACAUGACCCCAACAUCACUUGGAGCACUCGAUCCAUCGUCUUCGACUCCGAAUACUGCCGAUACCACUGCCGGAUGUACACUCCAAUACCUCCCUCGCUCCCACCACCAGCACCACACCCGUCACUCUACUACCCAGUCGACGGAUACAGAGUUUACCAACCAGUGAGGUAUUACUACGUCCAGAAUGUGUACACUCCAGUUGAUGAGCACGUCUACCCAGAUCACCGUCUGGUUGACCCCAACAUAGAGAUGAUACCUGGAGCGCACAGCAUUCCCAGUGGGCACGUGUACUCCCUGUCUGAACCUGAAAUGGCAGCUCUCCGAGAUUUCGUGGCGAGAAAUGUGAAGGAUGGCCUCAUUACCCCAACCAUUGCACCAAACGGAGCCCAAGUUCUCCAAGUCAAGAGGGGGUGGAAACUGCAAGUUUCUUAUGAUUGCCGAGCUCCAAACCAUUUCACCAUCCAGAAUCAGUAUCCUCGCCUAUCUAUUCCUAAUUUGGAAGACCAAGCACACCUGGCAACCUACACCGAAUAUAUUCCUCAAGUACCUGGAUACCAGUCGUACCCCACAUACACCACGUACCCGACCUACCCAGUAGGAUUUGCGUGGUACCCAGUGGGACGAGAUGGUCAAGGAAGAUCUCUCUAUGUACCUGUUAUGAUCACUUGGAAUCCACAUUGGUACCGCCAGCCUCCGGUGCCGCAGUAUCCGCCACCGCAGCCGCCGCCGCCGCCGCCGCCGCCACCGCCGCCUCCAUCUUACAGUACCAUGUGA